CACUAUACAAACGUCCUAUUAUUGCUGGAAAGGACAAAUUGACAGUCGCCGUUUCGAGCGACAAUUCCCAAGUAGUGGCAAGUAGUGCAGUUGCUGUGUCUGCAGCUAGCCAUUAUGAUGACACCGCCCCUGGUUACGUUGAAUCAUUUAGUCACCACACCAUGUCUACAUCGUCUAGCUUUGAUCAUCCACCCCGUGAACAUUCCACCUAUGUCCCUGCUAACAAGACUAUCGACGAUGGACAUAAUAAUGCAUUUGUACCUGUUUCAACAGUGGCCCCCGUAGUUGGACUGCGACCUGAUACAGACUUGAAGCCUCCUGGUGAAAAAGAAGCCCCUGGUGGCACUAACUUGCCUGACGAUCUCCAACAAGCUUUAGACAUUAUUUACAGAGGGGGAGGAAGUGGGAAGCCCAUUACAGUUCCUCCUCCAAACUUUCCUCAAGCAACGGUACCACCUCCCCGCUUACCACCCCCGAUGAUGGGAGUUCCUCCUCCAGCAGGGCAAGCCCCAUAUGACUAUACGGCCAUUCAGUCUGCCUUUUCGUCUUCUACAAAUUACUAUGAGCCGUAUCAAAUGCCAUUUGAUGGAUAUGGAGCAUCAGCGUCAGAUAUGGAAGAGAUUUCUGUUGCAGGCAACGUUCCUGCCGUUGAGAAUCCCGUCGCUGAUAAACAUGAAAAAGAUAAAAUGGAAACCUCAUCUUCAUCCACCUUAAAGACUGUUGCCGGGCUGGAAACUGGGGACGAUGAUGAUAUGGAUGAUCUACGGAUGCUAGGAAUUGAUGUUGAUGAUGUUGCUGUAGUUAGAAAGUGAUGAUAAACUGCGGUAAAGUUUAUGUUUUAAAAUAAAGUUGAACAACAACUUUAAACUGUUAUUAAUAAAGAUACAUAUUUGCAAUUCUUCUGCCUUCCAAUCUACUUAACUUUUUAGAAUACAGUAAAUUUACCCUUCUAUUUCUUUUGUAACUUUUAUCGACUUGUAUGUUUAUGUACACAAAAUUACUCUUGUUUUUGCUAUGAAUGUUACCCGUAAUAAAUGUGAUUGUUUCUUUUGCACAAA